AUGUGCGUAACUUUCGCUAUUUGUGCGGCCACCGACUACCAUCAUGGUGGUUACCAAAACGAAGGACAUCACUCCGGUCACAUUGGAGGUUUAGGUAGUGGUGUAUCCAGUAGAUUUGGAAGCUCUGGGAAUUUAGGAGGCAGUUUCGGUGGUUCCUAUGGUCAAUCUCAAGGUGGUGUAUCUGCUGGUCAAUUUGGAGGUCAUCAAGUGGUCCAACACAAGAUUGUAACUGUGACCAAAGAAGUUCCAGUACACAUUCCACAACCGUACCCAAUCACCGUGACCAAGGAAGUUAAAGUUGGAGUACCACAACCGUACCCAGUCCACAUUCCAAAGCCGUACCCAGUCCCAGUCCAAGUUAAGGUCCCAGUGCAUAUACCAAAACCAUACCCAGUGAAAAUCACCCACCAAGUGCCAGUUAAAGUACCUGUUUACGUGAAAGUUCCUCAUCCAAUUAAGGUCGAAGUACCUUAA